AUGGCCGUGCUCCACUUGCCCCUGUACCUCACCGCCUUGGGCUUCUGGACCACACAGCAGUCCAGCUCCUUCCUGCUGCCCAACGCCACCGAGCUCCUGUCCCCCCCCGGGGGUAGACCUGAGGGCCUGCUGUGGGGCGCGGGGGUCCCCCGGAGCCGUCGGAAGCGAUACCUCUCCCCCCGUGACAUGAGUGUCAUUUUGGACUACCACAACCAAGUGCGGUCACAGGUGUCCCCCCCCGCCGCCAACAUGGAGUAUAUGGUGUGGGACGAGCGGCUGGCCAGGGCGGCGGAGGCGUGGGCUGCACGCUGCCUGUGGGACCACGGGCCCCCCCAGCUGAUGAAAUACGUGGGGCAGAACCUCUCCAUCCACUCGGGCAGGUACCACUCUGUCCUGGACAUGGUGAAAUCGUGGCACCAGGAGAAGCAGCACUACUCCUUCCCCCACCCCCGCGAGUGCAACCCCCGCUGCCCCUCCAAAUGCAGCGGCUCUGUCUGCAGCCACUACACCCAGAUGGUGUGGGCAUCCUCUAGCCGCCUGGGCUGUGCCCUCAGCACCUGUGCCAACGUCCAGGUGUGGGGCAGCACGUGGCGGCACGCCGUCCUCCUCGUCUGCAACUACGCCAUCAAGGGCAACUGGCUGGGAGAAGCGCCAUACAAGGUGGGGCGGCCGUGCUCAGCCUGCCCCCCCACCUACGGCGGGGGCUGCUCCAACAACAUGUGCUUCACUGGACUCAAAUCCAACCAAGUCAGCUGGUUCUAG